GAGUUGAGGAGGAGUUUGGUGUGGAGGUGAAGUUAGGCUCAGCCCCCGCCCUGUGGCCGUACCGCCCGGGCUGGGCUGCAGGCAGGCGGGCGGGCGGGCAGGCGGCGAGGGAGCAGCGAGUGAGUGAAGGAAGGAAGGCGAGAGAGAGAAGGAGGGAAGGAAGGAAGGAAGGAAGCAGCGGCCUCACAACUUUCACUCUGUGUGUGUGUGUGUGUGUGUGUGUGCCGAGGGAGCGAGCGAGCGACCGUGCGGGGGGGGAGUGCGCUGCACUGCGCAUGAGUCUCACCCACCGUGACUGCUAAUUGUCCGUUUUUCUUCUUUUAUUUUUAAUAUAUAUAAUUUUUUAUAAGAGGCCGGAGCGCUUGAAGAUGAACAAGCUGAAGUCCUCACAGAAGGAUAAAGUGCGGCAGUUUAUGGUCUUCACACAGUCCAGUGAAAAAACUGCAGUAUGUUGUUUGUCACAGAACGAUUGGAAAUUAGAUGUUGCUACAGACAAUUUUUUUCAAAAUCCAGAACUUUAUGUUCGUGAAAGUCUGAAAGGCUCAUUGGAUAGAAAAAGAUUAGAACAGCUAUACCAUAGAUACAGAGAUCCGCAAGAUGAAAAUAAAAUAGGAAUAGAUGGUAUUCAACAGUUCUGCGAUGAUUUAGGAUUGGAUCCAGCCAGCAUCAGUGUACUGGUCAUUGCAUGGAAAUUUCGGGCAGCCACACAGUGUGAAUUCUCAAAACAAGAAUUCGUAGAUGGUAUGACAGAUUUGGGGUGUGACAGCAUAGAAAAACUGAAGAUUCUGCUGCCUAAAUUGGAAUUAGAAUUAAAAGAUCAAGCAAAGUUCAAGGAUUUUUACCAGUUCACGUUCAACUUUGCAAAGAACCCAGGCCAGAAGGGCUUAGAUUUAGAAAUGGCAAUUGCUUACUGGAAUUUAGUACUUGCUGGACGAUUCAAAUUCUUAGAUCUAUGGAAUAAAUUUUUAUUGGAACAUCAUAAAAGGUCAAUACCUAAAGACACUUGGAACCUUCUGUUAGACUUUAGCUGUAUGAUUGCUGAUGACAUGUCCAAUUAUGAUGAAGAAGGAGCAUGGCCAGUGCUUAUUGAUGACUUUGUGGAAUUUGCACGACCACAAAUCACUGGGACCAGAAGUACAACUGUGUAGCAUUGGGAACCUUGUUGCAGAAUGUACAUGAUGUGUACAGAAUGAAAAAUACAGCAAAUAAUGCACAGUCAUUUCACAAUUAGUUAAUAAAAUGCAGAUCAACGGAUUGAAGUGAAGAUCAAUCCUUUCAUCCUAGCUGGAGGGUUGUUAACACCAAAAAGGACUUUUCUUCAAUCAUAUCGUAUUCAUUUAAUGGUGGUUUGGGCUUCUGUCUUAGUCAGGACCUCUAUGUAAAUUCAUCAACACUGAGUGUGAGUUCCGUCUGUAUACUCUUUGGGAUCCUGUACCGUUCAUCUUUUAUCCGUUUGGAGGACUUUUCUGAAAGGAUCAUUUAAUUGUGCUAUUUGACAUCAAGCACAUUGCUGCCUUCACUUGGAGCUGAACAGCAUUCUUGGACACAGGAAAUCUGUAUUUCAAAUGGAAUCGAUUCGAUCUUAGUACUUUUUAAAUUAUGUAAACAGGCAGUUAGACCAUCACAGAAACUUGCUUUAGCUAAUCUUUUAGCCAUUUUGUGUUCUAUGACAGAAUACGUGUCAUAAAGUCUUAUUUUUCUAUGAAGACUGGAUCAUUACUAUGCCUAUGCACCAAAUUGGGUCCUGCUCCAUAAAGAACAUGGCUUUAGAAUGGUGCACUUGUACAACUGAGAUCUGUGGUAAUUGCUGUUUGUUUUUCUUUAUUUUUAUCAAAAAGUUACUCUUCCAUCCCCCUUUCACUGCAUCCCUUCCGCUUCCAUUUGACACAUUGCAAAACCUUUAAUCCAAGAAACAUCUUGUUACCAUUCUGAUACUGGAUUUUCAAUCUUGAAUCUUGCCUUCAGAUGUUUGCCCUGUACAGUGCCCUGAAAGGUAUUUCCAGUUUCCUUUCCUGCUGCAAAAUGCUCAAACUAAGAAUGCUGAAUUAGGUUAUGAUUAAAAGACUAAGCUGUUGACUGAGAAAAACUAAAAUUGCUCUGCUUUUUCCAGCUCGGGCAGGCCAUUACAAUGUCUAAAGGAAAAGACUGGUUGACCUUAUUUUUUAUAUUCAAUAAAAUUAAUGGAAAAGCGACUAGAAAUACCUCCGUCUUUUCGUUGGUGUUUGGAGCCAUUUACUUUUUUAAAGUCAAGUUGAAAAUGAUCUAUACUUUAAAGAAUGUAUUAAAGGCAAUUAUUUUACACCUGUUUUGAACCCGCAUCCCAGCUCAUUUCAUAUAAAUGCAAAAUUAUUUUUUAACAUGUUCAAUUUAACUUGACAACUAUUCAGAGAAGGAGAGAGGCGAAUUUAAAAUCAGUUGUGUGAGAUGGGUUUUGAUGCUUGCAUGCUAAGCUUGUUUUACUGGUAGUUUCCUUAAGUUCACAGGUUACCAGGACAAUUGUUUCCUCCUUGCACGUGACUAAGCCGUAAAAUAGAGGAUCAUGAAGGAAAACUAAUUUCUACAUUCAAUGCAGGUCUAAGAUGAGCCUUUUUAUUAUUUUUUUCACAUGUGGUUGAAAUAUAGAUUGACCAUUUGUGUAGUUAUCAAAAUUUGGUUUUCGUAAAUGGCUCUGGUUACAUUAUUCGGGUAAAAGCUUCAAGCUGCAGAUGUUAUCACAAUAUUUAAAUCAGAAUUUCAUUAUAGGGCCUUUAAAGGAAAAGAAACAUGUCCUAUGCCAAAUUCAAUAGAGUUAUAAAAUUAUUUAAUUAACUUUAAUUUAUAGGUUUUCUGAUGUUAAACUGCCAUCUGAUGCAGUUGAUUUAAAUUCAGUUUUCACAUACCUCAUAUUACAUGGCUUUCUUUCAUUUAUGACAUUACAAUCAAUGCAAAUUUGUUGCCUUCCCAAUUAAGUGUUUGACGUCAACAUUUUAUUAACCCAAGUUAGAUUUAUCUAUCGGUUUUGAUGACUAAAUGGGCUUAAAUGGUGGGAUUUUGUUGUUGUCCAUUUUGAUUCAAAUCCUAGAAUGCCUACAUGCAGUUUUUAUUUGAGCAGUAUGUUAAACUUUGGUCCAUUUAGUAGAUCUCUGGGGAUGUGUUUUGAAACAACUGUUUCUUUAACAUUACUUUACCUCGGUACUGAUUGACCAGAGAAUCGUAUUUUCAAAAACUCAUUUACUUUUCUUUCACUGAACCAUAAUGCAAUGGCAUGUAAAUGAUUAUUGAAAGCUGGUCACUUUAGAAACUCCAUUUCAUUUUAAUUUGGAAAUUAUAAUUUCAAUAAUUUUCUUUUGAAGUUGCAUGGUACAUUUUAAAGUGCAGUUCUACUGUUUUUAUUGUAGUGACACUAAGUACACCGAUGGAACCAACCCGUAUCAAAAUAUGUACAUGAAAUAUAGAAAACACAGAUUUGUUGUGCAGGUUUCUCUAAUUUGCUGUUUAUAUUGUGCAAACAUGAUGUACUUGAGUACUGUAUAAACUAUGGAGUGAGUUAGAACUCCACUGUCAUUUGCACAUGAUAUCAGAUGAUUCAUAAAAUGGCUAAGCAGUUAAAAGGAGGUUGUAAAAACAAUGUAAACUAAGUACAUUUUGAAUGUUAAGCAUUGAUUUUUUUUUUUGGUUAUGGCUCGAAUUUAGGUACUUCUAAUGCCAAUAUAGUCUUUUAAAUCAAGAUAUUAAAAAUAAAUCACUAUUUAAAGUAGUAGAUUUGAUUCCUUACUCACCAUUGGAGUCUACUUGCCUGCUUUUAGCAUGCACCGGUUUUAGAGAAAUUCAGUUUACUGAUAUAAUUGAUUUACAUAAAAUAAGUAUUCAAAUAACGCUCAAAUGUUUUGCAUAUGCAGAAAACUGGAAAUUGUCCUAGUAUCAUAAUUAAUGGCCACAUUAUUAUUAUUAUUAGUGUUUUGGUUGUGAGACUUCAUAAAAUCACAAUUGCAAUCUUCAUCACAAUGGCAGUUAACAGCCAAGAUUAUGUUGAGGAUUUAAUUUUGCAGUACAUGCAAAUAAUUCCCUUUUAUAGAUUGUGAGCAUUUUUUACAUAUGAAUUACCCGGGACGUAUGGUGAGUUAAGUUGCAUCCUUCAGAAAUACCAAACUGAUGAGGAAGCAAUAUCAAUUUUUCUUUUAAUUUUGGUCCAAAGUUCAAAGCAAAGCAAAGUGCAUGGAGGUGAGCAAGUAGCUUGGUGAAUUGUCGGUGAGUAACUAAUUGUGCAAUUUUAAACAGGAUUUAGUUCUGCUUUCAGGAUGAGCUGGUUGCCCUAAAAAGUGCUAAUCAUAUGCAUGGCUGAAUGUUUCUUUGUUAUGCCUUUUUAAUUGAUUCUCCAGCUACAAAUUCAAUGUGGAAACAUUUUUGUAGUUUAAAGGUUCUCGCUUGCCAUGUGGGAAUAUUGUGUGCAAGAUCUUUGGGAAUAUCUUUCAAAUAAAUGAAGAAAGUACUUGUACAUACAUAAUCGCAUUCUUGCAUGCCAGGCCUUGAUUGAUGGAGAAAAUGCACUUAUGCCUUUUUGGUGUGUUCUAAGAAAAACAUAAACAUAUUUGAAUUUGAUCCUUGAAACGAUAGAAUGGAACCUUUUUAAAUUACUGUGGCAUAACUACUUUUUUUUUAAAUUAGUUAAUAGUCUUAGGAAGUCAUAUUUCUAAUAGGUUUUUUUAUUUUCUAUUUGGUUGACCUUUUAUUUCAUUCUCCCAAGCAACAUCAAUACCCAGCAGAGAGUAGGCAGUGGAUCUCCUAGAUCUUCAGGUUGUUAUACUUCCCAUUAACAGGUUAACAUAGCUUAACCGUUUUAUUCUUCCUCAUCUACAAAUUCUUUAGCAACUAUGCACAAUAUGAGCUAUGUUAGAAUCUGUGGGAGCAUAUUUUGCACCACUCCAUUCUAAUAUGCUGUGUUCCCCCAGAUGCCCAUUAAGCUGGCAGUUUAAACAUGUACAUUAGUACUAUUUCUGCAUUCAUAAACAGACAUGGUGUAAGUAACUAUUGCACUGAGCUAUUUGUAGUGAUUUAAGAUUGCACCAAAAUUGUUAACUGGCAGAACAUUUGUACUACAAAUUUUGGAUUUAUCUUCCAAAAACAUCACGCCUUCCCUUCUGUAAAUUGAAAUAGCGCUUCAUUUAAGUUACUGAUAUGCACAUUGUAGUAUUAAAGGCGACUUUAAACUACCGUAGAACUGAUUCUGAUUGGAUGACGGAAUUAAUGUUCCUACUGAUUUGCUUAUUCGUUUAAUGUAUUGUUUCAAGAUGAAGAGAUCCGAUGACAGGACAUAUAUAAAAAAAAUCAAAACAACUUUGCAUUAAUUCUCUCAAUGGAUGAUUAAACUAUCUCUCUACAGGUGCACAAAUAAUAUAAGUGGCAAUCUUAUUUAAAGAAAAACAUGUACCUGUUGACCCAUUAAAGAAUCAUCUGCAGUGUUUAUGUUGUGUGCCAAAACCAUUUGUCUUUCGUUGCUUGGCAUUGAACGAACCAACAUGGUUUGGUGUAUUUUUGUCCUGUUUGGCCACAUCCUUGAAUAUGUUAAGGCCUGAUAAUGGCUCAUCUGUUCCUUUUGUAGUAUUUUAAGGAAUAUAGAGAAUGAAACACUUGUUCAAGUUGAACAAUUGUUAACUGUGAAGUCUCCAACCUUGGUUAUGGGACAGGGAAACAGUAUUGUAAUUCAGGCCUAAUAACUAGUGCUUUGUACGUAUUGCAAUUCUGUACACUUGUAGGUAGCAUAUUUUAGCAUAUUGAGAGGCGUGUUUAGGAAGAGCUUGUCAUGGAUGUCAUGUAAAUUAUGUAAAAUUAUCUCAUUAUGGGCAAAUGUAUUGUAAAUUAAACACAAGAUGAAAAUCUACAGGGUCCACUGAGAAAUGCCAAUAAAAGGGUUUUAAACAAAAA